AUGUCCAACAGCAGCUCCUUCAACGAGUUCCUUCUCCGGGCAUUUGCGGACAGUAGGGAGCUGCAGCUCUUGCACUUGUUGCUCUUCCUGGGCAUCUACCUGGCUGCCCUCCUGGGCAACGGCCUCAUCAUCACAGCUGUAGCCUGCAGUCACCAUCUCCACACCUCCAUGUACUUCUUCCUCCUCAGUCUCUCUGUUCUAGACCUAGGCACCAUCUCCACCACUGUCCCCAAAGCCAUGGCCAAUUCUCUGUGGGACACCAGGGCCAUUUCCUACUCGGGAUGUGCUGCCCAGGUCUUCCUGGUUGUGUUCUUGUUUGCGGCAGAGUAUUUUCUUCUCACUGUCAUGGCCUACGACCGCUUUGUUGCCAUCUGCAGACCCCUGCACUACAGGACCAUCAUGGGCAGCAGAGCUUGUGUCAGAAUGGCAGCAGCUGCCUGGGCCAGUGGUUUUCUCUAUGCUGUGCUACACACUGGGAACACCUUUUCAAUACCACUCUGCCAAGGCAACAGAGUGGACCAGUUCUUCUGUGAAAUCCCCCAGAUCCUCAAGCUCUCCUGUUCAGACUCCUACCUCAGGGAGGUUGCCCUUCUUGUAGUCAGUAUCUUUUUAGUCUUUGGGUGUUUCAUUGUCAUUGUGCUGUCGUACGUGCAGAUCUUCAGUGCUGUGCUGAGGAUCCCCUCUGAGCAGGGCCGACACAAAGCCUUUUCCAUGUGCCUCCCGCACCUGGCUGUGAUCUCCUUGUUUGUCAGCACUCUCACGUUUGCCUACCUGAAGCCCCCCUCCAUCUCCUCCCCAUCCCUGGAUCUGGUGCUGACUGUCCUGUAUUCGAUGGUGCCUCCAACAGUGAACCCCCUCAUCUACAGCAUGAGGAACAAGGAGCUCAAGGAGGCACUGAGGAAAAUGAUUCAGCUGGUACAAUGUCAGCACCAAUAA